AUGGUCUCAUGUUUAUUUUAUUCUGAAAACAAGCCCGUUCACGACGAAAAGCGCGCCAAACGUCUCAGGCAGCUGAUAAGCUGGUGUGAAUUCAAUAAGAACAGUAUUUAAUCAUUUUAUGUAAAUAAGACAGGGAGACACAGCAUAAGAUUGUCAUGUGGAAUGAUAGCAAUUUCGGGGGUGGAUUCGUAACGUCACCUGCCAAAGCUGGAGGGUCGGAUGAAACACCUCAGCGACGACAGCAGGGUGGACGGCAGAAUGUCGUUCCAUGCACCAUAGCUCAAAUUCUGCAGUCGGGAGACGAGAUGAUGCUCGGUUCCGUCGAGGUACAAUACGUCAAAGUUAUUGGGAUGAUAGUCUCUGUAAACCAGCAGUCUACCAGAGUCUCUUUCACACUCGAUGAUCGGACAGGAAGCACCAUCGAAGGCCAAAUAUUCUCCACAGAAAGCGACGAACAAACAAAACUUAUGUCGCAGCUGAUUGAAAAGACCUAUGUCCGAGUGGUGGGGUCAGUUCGCAACAUUGAAGGCCGGAAAAUCCUCAAAGUUUUCAAAGUAAAUGCUUUGUAUGACCUUAAUGAGCUUUCUAUGCACAUGGCUGAAGUGGUGUACUCGCACUUGGCUGUAGAGGCAAUGGAGAAGAAAAAGGGAGACCCAAUGGAAACGAGCAAUUUUGUCGGCGAUGUUGGCACAGCGAUGGGACUCACGAGAGAGCAAAAGAUGGUAUUCGAAGUGGUUCGCAACUGCAUGGACGAGGGAGGAUUGACCGUUCAAGACAUCUGUACUGUUCUUCCUUCUGUCAAGAUGUCUAGUAUAACGGACAUCAUUGAGUUCCUCACAAACGAAGGCCACAUCUACACAACCUUCGAUGAUUCUCACUAUAAAGCUACCGACUCUGGAUAGACUUUCUACGGCCCUUCUUUUUGUUAUAAGUUAUAAACACACAAUAAACUGUGAAAGCCUGA